AUGGUCAAACGGGAGCGUAACAACUCUGACCCGCCAACCAACAAUGACAAGCAUAACCACGACCGCAGUGCCUCUCUUCUUCCGAAGAAGGCCAAGGCCGAGAAGGAGAAGUGCCACAAGGCGAAGGCUAUGAGCGGUGCCAGCCGCGGCAAAACGAUGUGGGACGCCGAGCGUAGCGCUGCUCUGCUAGAGACCGUGUUCGACAUCGCUGCGAAGUCUAUGGACACGGACGCUGUUGCGAACAAGCUCGGGGUCAACAAGAGCCAGGUGGUGGACCAGCUCAAGAACGGGCGCAGCAACAUCCGCCGGAUGGCGAUUGAACUGGUGCGCGCCAAGAAGGGCGGUGCGUAG